CAGGACUCUGCAUUCACUAUAUCUGAUUUCCCACAGACCCUGCAUUCACUAUAUCUGGUCUCCCACAGACCCUGCAUUCACUAUAUCUGGCCUCCUACACUGCACACAACAAGGAAAUGCAAUUAUUUUAGUAAAUAUAAACUGCUAAAUACCUUUUCUCAUCAGCAGUUAGAGCAGGCUUGUGGCUUAUAUCUGUGUCCAGCCCAGCACUAGCUAAAGCUUAUAGGAGGAGAGUUUUAUUUCUGCUCUAG